AUGACGGAAAUUGAAGGUAACGCUAUGGACGUGAACAAUCUGGUGGCAAAUGACAGUGCACAACAAGUGGGUGAUACCUCGAUGAGCGAUGCUCAACAAGAAGAUCAAGUAGCAGAAAACGAUGAGAACCAUGACAUGGCAAAUGGUGAUGGUGGUUUGGUUGCUUUUGUUCCGCUAGAGAAACUGCAGGUUAAUGGUAUCACUUCGACUGAUUUGAAAAGAUUGAGAGAAAGUGGUUUACAUACUGCUGAAGCUGUCGCAUAUGCUCCUCGCAAGGAUCUACUGCUAAUCAAAGGUAUAUCCGAGGCGAAAGCCGACAAGUUAUUGAAUGAGGCAGCAAGGCUGGUACCCAUGGGUUUUGUUACGGCCGCAGAUUUCCAUGUUAGAAGAUCAGAAAUGAUUUGUUUGACUACAGGUUCUAAAAAUUUAGAUACAAUGUUAGGUGGAGGUGUUGAAACAGGCUCUAUCACUGAACUAUUUGGUGAAUUUAGAACAGGUAAAUCGCAACUGUGCCAUACUUUAGCAGUCACUUGCCAACUACCUCUUGACAUUGGUGGAGGUGAAGGUAAAUGUUUAUAUAUCGAUACUGAAGGUACGUUUAGACCAGUAAGACUUGUAUCCAUUGCUCAAAGGUUUGGAUUGGACCCGGACGAUGCUUUGAAUAACGUAGCAUACGCUAGAGCGUACAAUGCCGACCAUCAGAUUAGAUUAUUAGACGCAGCAGCACAAAUGAUGAGUGAAUCAAGAUUUUCUUUGAUUAUAGUAGACUCAGUGAUGGCUUUGUACAGAACAGAUUUCUCAGGUCGUGGUGAACUUAGUGCAAGACAGAUGCAUUUGGCUAAGUUUAUGCGUGCACUACAAAGGUUGGCCGAUCAAUUUGGUGUAGCUGUAGUAGUUACCAAUCAAGUUGUUGCUCAAGUUGAUGGAGGUAUGAUGUUCAACCCGGACCCAAAAAAGCCAAUUGGUGGUAAUAUCAUGGCACAUUCAUCAACUACUAGACUGGGUUUCAAAAAGGGAAAAGGUUGUCAAAGAUAUUGUAAAGUGGUCGACUCUCCUUGUUUACCAGAAGCUGAAUGCAUCUUUGCCAUUUAUGAAGAUGGUAUCGGGGACCCAAGGGAAGAGGAUGAAUAA